AUGUCGACCAACAGCAUCGGAAAGGCGCGCGUCCCAUCUCCCAGCACCUCUUAUAGCCAGGGAAAUGUAGUGGAUCAUAACGAGGGCAAUGCCUCGCACACAGUCACAGACGACCCGGUUCACGCCAGGAAGUUUGACCCAUCGAACAUUAAGGAGAAUGUGAUUCAUGUCCAGCCGCUCAAGAGGUCCGAAAUGCAGCCUUCAUACGCUCAAGAUUUGGGAACCGGAGAGGUCACUCAUGGAAUCUAUGGAACGAUGUUGCAAGGGUUGGGCUCCAUCAUCGGUUUCUUUGGCGCUAUUCCGUGCUGCCCAUGCCCCAAUCCUUUCAGGGAGGUGGAGCAAGGUUCCGUGGGUCUGGUUUCUCGCUUCGGACAGUUCUACAAGUCUGUCGACCCUGGCCUCGUCCAAGUCAACGUUUGCACAGAAUCGCUGCGGGUCGUUGAUGUCAAGAUUCAAAUCAGUCCCAUUGGUCGACAGAUGGUCAUCACUCGCGACAAUGUCAACGUCGAAAUUGAUUCGGUCAUCUACUUCCAGAUCGUUAGCCCGUACCGCGCAGCCUUUGGUAUCAGCGACCUCCGCCAAGCCCUCAUCGAACGUGCUCAGACAACCCUGCGACACGUCGUUGGCGCACGAGCUGUCCAGAGCGUCGUGACAGAGCGUGAGGCCAUCGCUUUCGAGAUUGCGGAAAUCGUCGGAGACGUCGCAGACAAGUGGGGUGUCGCCAUCGAGGGUAUCCUCAUCAAGGAUAUCAUCUUCAGCCCCGAAGUCUCCGCCUCCCUCUCCUCAGCUGCUCAACAGAAGCGUAUCGGAGAGUCCAAGGUCAUCGCUGCCCGCGCUGAAGUCGACUCUGCUCGUCUCAUGCGACAAGCAGCCGAUAUCCUCGCUAGUCCCGCUGCUAUGCAAAUCCGACAAUUGGAAGCCUUGCAACAAAUGGCCAAGUCGGGCAACAGCAAGGUCAUCUUCGUCCCCAUGCAACUGCAGAGUGACGUCGUCAGUCAGCUAUCGAACCACCCUACGAUUCUCGGGGAAACUGGCACGGCUGGUGGUAGCCAGGAAGUCUCUGGGCUCUCCACUGCCGGUCGAGCCGCUGUUCUCAACAGCAUUUCUGACGUAUAGGCGCCGCCCGAGUUCAGAAUGCAAUAAUGCAUUGACUCGCCUCCGACCUUUUUCACUGCUACGACCAUUAUGCCCCAUUCCUUAAUCACGCCCCCUGUUCCUCCUUCGAUUUCGCUUCGCUGUUUGUAUUCGAUACCCUUUUGUCGCUCGCUUGACCCGGGCGGAUAUUGUAUUUGUAGGUAGUUAGUUGCCCCUGUAAUCCUACUUCGUUCGAGGUAUCCGUUUUUGCGCAACAACCAUACAGCGUUGUUUACCUAUCA